UUCAAACAAAAUCAACAUGGCUGGGGCUCAAUUCGAGUACGAUGAAAAAGGCACAACUUUUUAUUACUUUCUUAUAUCGUUCUUUGGUAUAGUGCUUGUGCCCUUAACAUACUAUGUUUUUAAGGUCACAAAGUUACCAGAGGAUCAGAAGAAAUCGAUUAAAAUCUGUAGAUGCCCACCAUGAGUGGAAAAAAGGGAAUUGUUACGGAAAAAGGAGCCAAAAUCGAAGAGUAUUCGCUAUGUGAGUCUUUCAGUUAUAGCAGUUUUAUGGGCUCUAUUUUUUAUUGGAGCCUAUAAAGUGUCUCAAUUUGAAAGAGAAUUCUCUGAAUAUGACCCAUAUGCUGUUUUAGAGUUAGACAGAGGUGCAAGCACAGCAGAUAUCCGUCGACAGUAUCGCAGACUCAGCAUGAAAUACCAUCCUGAUAAAGACACUGGUGACUCCCAGAAGUUCAUGAGAAUAGCCAAAGCAUAUGAAGCGUUAACAAAUGAAGAAUCGCGAAAAAAUUGGGAGGAACAUGGGAAUCCUGAUGGACCUGGAGCAACAAGCUUUGGAAUAGCUUUACCUUCCUGGCUUGUUAGCAAGGAAAAUUCUAUGUGGGUUUUGGGAGCUUAUGGAUUUGCCUUCAUGGUUAUCCUUCCAAUUGCAGUGGGGACAUGGUGGUACAAGUCAAUCCAGUAUAGCUGUGAACAAAUCCUUUUGGAAACCAGUAAAUUGUACUUGUACUAUUUUCACAAGACACCAACCAUGCAGUCUAAACGUGUGUUAAUGAUUUUGGCUGGAUCCUGGGAGUUUGAGAAAGGUCACAAUAAUGAAGUUCAAGAGAGGCCAAGUGAUAAUUUAGAACUACCAGAGUUAAUGCGAGACUUGCCCAACCUGAGGGAUAAGAACAGAGAGCCACCAUUUUGCCACCCUUACAGUGUCAAAGCAAGAGCUCUCAUCCAUGCUCACUUGUCACGUCUAGAGCUUCCACGACUGACACUCAAAUCAGAUCUUGACCUAAUACUUCAAAAGAGUCCAUUCCUCAUUCAAGAAAUGGUCAAUAUUGUAUCACAACUAAUUGUCAUGGUCAGACAAGGAAGUGCUACAAACAUGCCACAGCUGGAGACAGUGGAGAACUGCAUGCGUGUCAGUCAAAUGAUGGUUCAGGGGCUAUGGGACAAGCAGUCUCCUUUGUUACAACUGCCUCAUCUCAAUCAGGAAAAUUUACGGCACUUCACCACCAAAAAGCGAAGUGUUCGUUCCAUCAAGCAACUGGCAAGUAUGAAAGAUGUGGACAGAAGAGCCCUUUUGAGAAACCUAACUGGGGAACAGUAUGAAGAUGUCAUUAAUGUUUGCUCAAUGUUUCCUUCUGUGGAAAUGGCCGUUAAACCUCACGUCUUGGAUGACGAUGAUGACGAUGCAGGGGUGAUCACAGCUGGAGCAGUAGUGACUGUAUCUGUUACAAUUAAAAGGCGAAAUCUUGGGGAGCUAUUUGAGGAGGAAAAUGAAGAUGAUAGAUCAGCACUUGAUGGCGUGAAUCGAAAUGAAACCUUAGAACCAAAGGGCUCUCCACAACCAGGUGGCCAGAAAGUCUGGCAGAAAAACAAAAAGAAAGGGAAAAAGGCCAAGCCGCAAAAACAGCAACCAAAGAAAAAACCCGUGAAACAGCAACCUAAGAAGAAAAACUCGCAAGACAAAAAAGAGAAAACUACGGAAGAAAAAGAAGAAUCAAAUGGAAAGAAGAACAAGAAAGAGGAAGAGGAGGAAGAUGAAGGCGUGGAAGCGGAGAAGGAAGAAGUAGAAGACGAGGAGGAGGACCAUGAUGAAGCAGAAGACGAUAACACGAAUGACAAAAUUGAAGAAAUAAAGAUAGAGAGAAGAAAACCUGAAGAACAGGAGUCUGACCUGGAUAGUAGCAGUUUCGGUGAAGAUGAUGACAGUGACGCUCCACACGAUGUUCGUGCUCGGGAUUCCGAAGAUGAAGACGAGUGGGACCGACUGCAAGCCGAAUCUAAGACUCGAGAUGCAAUUAUGGAUCCGAAGUCAAAAGAAAGCCAUAUCGUCCAUGCUCCUUAUUUUCCAGAGGAAAAGCAUGAAUGGUGGUGGAUAUAUGUCACAGAUCGCAGAAGAAGAGAGAUUAUGACACUGCCUCAAAUGAUAUACAACCUUAAAGACGAAGAAAAGCUGGAUCUGAAGUUUCAAGCACCACACAAAACCAAGACUUACCAUUACACUGUCACUCUACGCUCAGACUCGUACUUGGACUUUGACGUUCAUCAAAAUUUUAACAUCACUGUAGAAGAAGCUAAAGAAAUAGUUACCAAACAAUGGGAUUCUGAUUCAGAUGAAGAAGAUAAAGAUGACUUGGACGAAAGCGGAGAGAGUGAAGAGGAGGAAUACAGUGACUGAACCAAAAAAAUAUGGUUGAUUAUCUUUUUUUUCUGAUGAAAUUUUGCAAGUCCGAGAAAGGGUGCCUGUUUAACUCUGUGUGCGAAAGGGAUCACAAUGGGUGGUUGUAUUUUUAGCAACCAAAACAGACUGUAAUCGAUGGUUCCUCCCGUCAACUGAUUAAACGCAUGUUACAGUAACUUAUCAGUUUCUUUAGCUCUACCACAGAACAGCUAGACGACUAUGAGUGCAGACAUGAUCGCAAAAUAGCUAUUUUCAUUUUCACAAUGUGGACGCUAUCAGUAAAUGUAUAAGGAUCUGCGAAUCUGAGUUUUUCCUUUUGGUUUGUGUUGGGCUGGGGGCAUAAGCACAGCGAGAUCUACCAUCUUUUGACACUCCUCAAAGAAAUCAGCAAAAUGUUACGAAUGGUGAUGCGUGUGUUAUGUUUACUAAAUACUGAAUACCAAUGAAAACAUGGACUGUGUUGACCAAAAGGCGACGAAGCUAACCCUGGAUUAGUAUUAAAGCUUUGGAGGGUUAAAGAAUGUUUAAUUAUCUAGAUAUUUUAUUUCUUGCAAGUCUACGUUACAUAAGACAAAACUUUCAAGAUAUUAGCCCCAGUGCACUAGUUUGGCUCGUCUACUGUGAAAGAACCCGUUACAUUCACAAGUAACGAACUAAGAAACAGAGAACUACAAUCAGCGGAGCCUAGAAAAUGUACUCAAAAAACAGACUUUUAAACCGAGAUUAGCCCUCGAGUUUUACUUUCAAUUUCGAACUAUAGCUAAGCGCCAUUUGAACAACCAGCACCUGGGUUUUAUCAUUUAGUGGCACACAGCACUCCGAGUUUAAGGUCACCUAUUCAAAGUUCUAGACUGUUGUUCGAAACUAGAUUGAUAAAGUUAGCCCUAUACAAAAACUUUACUCUGAUAUGGUAUUUAAGUAUUAAUUAGUGCGAAUCGUGCUUCGAGCAACUUAGUGCUGGAAAUUUGAACAUGCUUACUUAAGAGACGAUCUUUCACGAGAGUGGCGGAUCUUUAACUGAAGAAGUAUUUGUUUUCAAGAGAUUAACAGUUAUCGCAGAGAGGAUAUUUUAUUAUAUUAUAUUCCAUUAAUAAAUCUUAAUCCUUGUAGCUUGUAGCAGACAUAAACAGCUCCUACGAAGUUCCAUUGGUUCGUCAAACAGUUAAAAUUUAUUAAAAUUCAUCUCCUUUAAACAUGAUAAA